AUGCACGUUUCUGCUGCCAUCGUCACUGCCUUCGACGCUGCUGACCGGCACCUCGACCGCGCGAUCACUUUCCUCCGACAUAUGGCUCAACUGACCAUUGAUUCUGUGCUUGUCCCGCUGAAGCAUGCAGUCUGGAGAUCUUUGACCAGCACGACUGAGGUCAUCGGGAAGUGGACAAUCGAUAUGAGCACCAAGGGAAAUCAUUUCCAGGUCGUGGAGCAGGUGAGGCGCGACCAUCAGGACAAGCGAGAUGAUGCGACCGGACAGGGCGAAAUGUCCAGCCCCAGCGUGGAGGAUAAACACUGGCAGGCAGAGAAGAACCACAAGGUGUGCGCGCCGCCGAUGGGAAGGUUGGGGAUGCGCAAUCAUAUUGCACAGAAGGAUUUCGUGCUGACGAUGCUCAAGAAAGGGUUCAUGGAGAGACCGCAAACAAAUUCAUGA